AUGCCUCACGUGGACAUCUUGUUCAACCAGUUGCAGAAGAGAAAAACCGAGCCAGCGCAAGUUAAAACGGCUAUCGAUAAUUUUGAUAAAUGUAUUGUCGAUGUGAGAAAUAGAAUUGAUGACAUAAUAAAUGAAGCCAAAAGUAUUUGCACAGAACCCCAACGCAACAAAAGGAGACGACGUAAUAAUAGCAGUCACGAUCACCGAGUUGCCACAUUAGAAGUAUGCGACAAUAUAGUGAAUUCUGCAAAUGACAGAUUUCAAUUCAAAGAUCAUUUGGUAGCCGCAUCCCUUUUUUCCCCAAACACUUUGGAGAAUACUGUGGUAAGUUUCCUGAUGACAAGUUGGAAACUACCUGCUUGGCUUAUCCCGAACUAG